CUGCCGAGAUGCCGCAAUAUUCUCACAACGAUAUUUAUAACCUCAUGUAGCAGCUCACCUCACCACGACAACCGCACAUGCACAGUCUCUCCUCGCAAAGGAUUUUUGGUAACCUCGUGCCUCGAUCAGCCGCGCUUAAUACCAUCUUGCCGACCUCCAUCUCAAAGUGCGGAUUAACCACCAGCUGUACCUGUUUGAAUGUUUGCGCCAUCAGGCCGUCAGGAACCUCCGUAUGAUCGAUACCUGCAAUAAAUGAAAUCGUAGGCGACCCAGUAUGCUUUCAAGUGAUCAUCAAAGUCUCGCACAGUCCUUUAUAUCCCUGGAUUUACCGAUAUAUCCGCAUCACGUCGGCCCCAGUAGACCUUAUAAACCAAGUGUCGGUAAAGUAGCGCAUACCAUCCAUCUCCCCAACAUGGCUGCUUUGGUUCAACUAAUUGGGUGGUUCUUCCUAUCUCUUUCUUUUAUUCUCGUCAACGGUGACCCGACCGCCACCCUACCUUACGGUACUUUCCAAGGAUAUUAUUCCGGAAACCUGUCUCUCUUUUUAGGUGUCCCGUUUGCCAGUCCACCGCUUGGUUCCCUUCGAUUCGCCCCACCUCAAGCUCCAGUAGAGGUCGACGGGAUCCAAAAUGCUACAAGUUUCGGGGCCGCUUGUCCCCAACAGCAAAGCUCCAUACCGGAUGUCCUUCCAUUCGAGAUCUCUAUGGGGUCCCCCUCCAACGUAUCGGAGGAUUGUCUGACUCUGAACGUUUGGGCACCAAUAACAAAUGCCUCUGAACCACUUCCUGUUGCCAUGUGGAUUUAUGGAGGCGGUUUCGAGACUGGGUAUACGGAGGCCUACGAUGCAUCCGAUCUAGUGGAGCGAUCUCUAAUCUUGAACGAACCUGUUGUCUUUGUUUCAGCAAAUUAUCGCGUCAACGCUUUUGGCUUUUUGGGCGGCAAAGAAGUCCAGGAUGCAGGUUUAUCUAAUAUUGGUCUACGAGACCAACGAUUCGCGAUGCAGUGGAUACAAUCAUACAUCUCCAUAUUUGGUGGGGAUCCGACUCGCGUUACACUUUGGGGAGAAAGCGCCGGAGCCAUCAGCGUCGGUCUCCAUCUCCUUUACAAUGGCGGAACAACUGAUGGCCUAUUCAGAGGAGUAUUUAUGCAAUCAGGCGCUCCUUGGACUACGAGGAAUAUAUCCUAUGGCCAACCUACUUUCGAUCGCAUUGCACAUGAAACAGGGUGUAAUACAUCCGAGUCUGUUAUCGACUGUCUUCGCGACGUUCCUUAUGAUACCCUCUUGGCGGCGAUAAACACCCUUCCUUCGGUUUUCGAAUACACAAGUUUGAAUCUCGCUUUUCAACCCUACAACGACGGUUUGAUUCUGGACCAAAAUGCCCAGAAGGCUGUACAACAGGGACAAUUCGCCCAUGUUCCAUUUGUGACCGGGAGCUGCGCAGAUGAGGGAACUUUUUUCUCCUUAGGAAGCACUAAUAUCACGACCGACCCCGAAUUCUCCGACUACGUAAACACGAUGUACUUUCCCGAAUUAACUUCCAGACGCAUGAACGAUGUUAGCUCCGCCUAUCCAGACGAUCCUGCAGAGGGCUCUCCUUUUGGUACCGGUAACAAUUAUACUUUAACCCCGGAGUACAAACGAAUCGCAGCGUUCAAUGGCGACUACUCAUUCCAGGCACCACGCCGGCACUUUCUAAACGUAGCAUCGCAAACGCAGCCGGCUUGGGCAUACCUGUAUUCAAGGGGAAAUACGACCGCCUAUGUUGGUGCAUAUCACGGGUCAGAUCUGACUGAAUUCUUCAGCUUCGGCGGAUCCGCAUCUAACAAUGAUUUCAUUGGUACUGAUGCUCUAGUCAAUUUCGCAACAAACCUGGACCCAAACUACUCCCCUAACACCACGGGCCAAGGAAUUAGCUUGCUGGAGACGACCUCAUGGUCAGAAUGGACAUCAGCGCAGCGAAUGGCGGAGUUCACUGAUUCAUCUCCGCUGUUGACAUUCACGACCGACACAUAUCGCGCCACUGCCAUGCAGGUGCUCACAAACCUCUCCUUACAAGUAUGAUGUUUUGUGCCAUCUGCUCGGUCGUUCGCCAUAGCAAACCCCUCCUUUACCGCUACUACUCGGGAUCGUGUAAAUCUGUCGGUCGUUG